GCAUGUUUAUAGCCUUCAUAUGGGAAGGAUCCAAUGGAGGAAGAGUUAAAAGAGAGGAGGGGGACGUAUGAAGGAGGAAGAACCAGAAGAAAAGGGACAUAGUAACUAUUUAAUAAAUUUUUUCAGGAGUUACUAUCUCCACAGUCAGAGCCACUGCUGCUGCCAUCCUAUCUCAAUCUCCUAUGCCAAGAUCUUGGAGAAGACCUUCAAGUGGCUCUGCACCUUGCAACAAAGAAUAAAAGAUGCCAAAUUUACCCAAGAGCAGUAUCCUACCCAAAUCCCAGUGACAAUAGAACCAAGAAAGGGUGAGAAGCAGUUUCCUAUCCUGGAUAAAACUGAGUUCUUUGCACCUGAUCACAUCAAAAUGAGUGAACUCAUCAAAAUAAUUAGCAGGCUCUUACAAUUCAAUGCUAAUCAAGUCUUCUUCCUGGUUGUGAAUGGACACAGCAUGGUGAGUGGAUCCAUGCCAAUUUAUGAGGUGUAUGAAAGUGAGAAGCAUGAAAAUGGUUUCUGGUAUAUGGUAUAUGCCUAGGAGACAUUUGGAAUGAAAUUGUUGGUCUAAGAUUAGAAAACUGGGUCUAUUUUAUUUUGCUCCUUUGUCCUCCAUAUGGUAAGUUUUGAGCUCUCAUACCUAUUUUUUUUCAUGUUGUUGCUAACUAAUGGCUUUCUAGGACUUGGUCUUGAAAAACCACAGACCUUCAUAAUUAUGGUAAAAGAAAUCUCAAUAAGAUAAGGAAAAAUGUUUAGUCUUCUAGAAAGUCAGAAAAGCAGAUACUCAUUUUGUAUCAUAAAACUUCUUGUAAAUGUUAAUUCUAAUUAAGAGACACCCUGACUUCAGAGAUUGUUGCUAUGGUCUGUGAAAAUAACCUUUAACAUCUAAGAAGUCUGUAAUUCUGAUUUGCUGUUUUACUUAAUAAUUUGUCCAAGCCCUAACUCCCUGUACCGGUGACUAUGACCUUCCUUGGAAAGAGAUCUUUCCCCAAAUGAUAUGUCUCCCCAAAAGAUAUGUCCAAGCCUUAACUUCCUAUACCUGUGAA